CUGGAGCCGCCAGUACUUCGUAUUUGCAUGUUUCACUGGUGGCUAUUGUGGUGGACAGAUAAUUCAAAGUUUUGCACUUCGAAGUGCGAGUGGAAUACGACCGAAGCAACAGAGAAUGUCAACCUCGGCAUCCACAGUUUUUAAUUUAGGGGCUAUUAUUAAUCCCUACAGUACAAAUUACGAAAGGGAUAGAAUCGGAAUGAUGAACUCUAGCCCCAGCCCAGGUUCAUACUCUCAAAGUUCUAUGGAUUCGCAGGAUUCAUCAAGCAACAUGUCAGCUCUGUCACCCAUGUCGGUGACUCUGUCACCACGAUCAUAUCAGAAUAUUUUGGUCCUCAGUCCAGAGCAAGUUGGUGUUGUUUCUGUAUUACCUUACCUGCGUAUUACUGAAGAGCCAGUGGAGAAGUUUCGAUUCCGCUACAAAUCUGAAAUGAUGGGAACACAUGACAGUAUCCUUGGGCGCAGUUCUGACAAGAACAGGAAGAAAACUUACCCAACUGUUCAGCUGUGUAAUUAUGAUGGUCCAGCAAUCAUCAGAUGCUCACUGUACACAACGCACCAAGUGAAAUCUCAGAGAACACCACAUACUCACCGCCUGGUUGUCAGGUCGGACAAUGAAGACAAGGAUGAUCCACAUGAGCUUCCUGUGUCACCUGAACUUGGCUAUUCUGUGGUAUUUGCAGGGAUGGGUAUCAUCCAUACAGCAAAGAGACACAUCAUAGAUGAGUUGAUAAAGAAGAAGAAGUUGCGUCAUUUGGAAAUGUUGAGAUCACGUAAUGUGAAUAUUACAAGCCUUUCAACCCGGGAUGAAAUAAAUAUCCGUGCUGAAGCUGAAGCAGAAGCUAAGAAGAUGAACCUGAACAGUGUGUGCCUGUGUUUUGAGGCUUUUGUCAGGGAGAAUGGAGUUAUGCAGCCCAUUUGCUUGCCAGUGUUCUCAUCGCCCAUCAACAACAUGAAAAGUGCUCUUACAGGAGAGCUUAAAAUCUGUCGCAUUGACAAGCAUGUUAGCAGCUGUUUGGGAAAUGAAGAAGUCUUUAUCUUGGUUGAGAAGGUGGGAAAGAAAAACAUAAAGAUAAAAUUCUUCGAGUUGGAUGAUGAGGACAAUGAGGUUUGGUGUGACUAUGGGAAAUUCUCAGAACUGGAUGUUCAUCACCAGUAUGCCAUUGUGUUUCGCACACCACCAUACCGUGACACAGAAAUUGAUAAGACUGUGGAUGUCUUUCUGCAACUGUACCGUCCUACUGAUGGAGACUGCAGUGAACCCAUCAAGUUUGCAUACAAGCCUUCAGAAAAAACAGGUCGAGCAACCAGAAAAAGGCAGAGGACUUCACUGACAGAUUGUAUACCAGUUGCUGUGGUCCAAGGCCAUGUUUAUGGCAACCCAGUGAUUGGACAAACCGCAGCACCUUCUCCCCCCCUGGCCAAUCCAGACUGUGAUGGCCAAGUUGAUUUGGGGAAAUUUGAAACUCCACCUGACUUGUUUGAAACAGUGCUAAAUGAGGAUGCUGCUGUCAAUGGAAUGAACUCAAAUGAAUUCAAGGAAUUCAUCAGGAACCUCUCCUAUUCAAGCUUGGGAUCAUCGUAUGCAGAGACUUUUGAGAAUAAUGAGUUUUUUCUAAAAGAUGGAGCACAUACAAGAGAUGUCACAACCAUGGACAUCAGCACAGAUGGCAGCAGCAGAUUGAAGAUUAAAAAACGAGCUACCCCAUUGAGCAGAGAACCAGGUGUUGACACAAAUGUUGCAACAAAAUUCAGUCGUGUCUCAAUAGAAGAUAUGAAGGAGCAGCAUAGGAAUUCCACAAAAAUAGAGAUAAUGAUGGAUGGCGAACAGCUGGCUAAGUGGGCUGUGGCUAAGUUGAAUGAAACACUGCUAGAGAAACCACCACCACAUGUUUUAGCAUCAAAAGUGCGUGAAAUAUUCUCAAAGAAGAUAGAUGAUGGAGAUGGGCCAUUACACUGUGCAAUUCAAUAUGACAUGAAGGAUCUCCUGAAACAGAUGUUCACUGUGUUGGGUAAGGGACAGCACAGGCCAAUAAUCAAUGACCGCAAUUUAAAGGAUGAGACUCCUCUUCAUCUAUCAGUGAUCCUGAACCAGCCAGAAACAGUGAAGACGCUACUUACCAUUGGAGCCAACCCAAACAGUGUUAAUAGGCAGGGAGAUUCACCCUUGCAUUUAGCUGUGUCAGCAUCCUAUAAUGACUGUAUCUCAGAACUACUUAAUGUUUCUAACUAUCAGUGGUACAGCAACUGCAUUGACUGCAACCUGACGAAUUAUAAUGGCUGUACACCACUGCACAUAGCAGCCAGAGAGAAGAAUUUGGAUGCAGUUAAAAAGCUUGUGGAUUCUGGAGCCGAUGUGAACAAGAAGGACACAUCACUAGGGCGUACAGUGCUUCACAUUGCUGUAGAAGAGAGCAGUGUGGAAAUCAGCCGCUAUCUCCUUGAGAAGACUAACAUAGAUGUAAAUGCUACCAGCUACACUGGAAAUACUGCUCUGCAUGGGGCUGUCGUGUGUGAGGGCUCAGAGUCUUCCGAGCUCUGCACAUUGCUUCUCCAGUACAAGGCCAACCCUCGGCUGGAGAAUUAUGUGGUGGAACAUGAUGGGGAAGUGGAAGUUUGUUCUGAAAUGGAAAUAAAAGAGGAACCAGAGAGUGAUGAUGAUGACGACGAUGAUGAUGAUGAUUGUCAGCUCAAAAUUGAAGAAGGUGAUCAUGAGGUUGGAGACAUUAACAGUAAGGCACAUGGUCAAACAUCACUGGAUUUGGCUACAGAUAAGAAAGAUAUCCUGGAAUUGCUACGGAAAGUGGAACAGCCCAUGGAUCAGGAGGAGGUGGAGGACAUGGUUGGUGUAAAAGAGGAACCCUCUGAGAGCCCAAUAUUAGAGGGAGUACUUGGAGAAGUGAAGAAUGGCCUAUUUGAUUCAGACACACUGAUGAGGUUAUGUGAUCUUUUGGAUAAAUCCCAAGGCUGGGUGAAUCUAGCAGACCUGCUAGACUAUGGCUUCUUGGUUGCUAGCAUCAGGAAUGCUGCCAGUCCCAGCAAAAUGCUGUUCAACUAUGCAGAUCUGCAUGGAAAUGUAAGUGUGCAAGAUAUACGCAGCUUCCUAGAGGCACUUGAUGAACAUGAAGCUGUUGAGACAGUGGAUCUGAUGCUGGCACGGAAAAUUGCAUCUUCAUAACACUGCUCCAUGCUUUAUGAUGUGUAUUGAAUCCAUGUUCAUUCCUGGCACACAGUGGAAGGUGUUCACAGCUAAUGGACAAGCAAGGAUCACGUUGUUUAUUAUGUGAAACCAAUGGGAUUGUAAGGUGUAAGGCUAGGAACACACACCGUGACAUUGGUCAUACGACAUCCAUACGGUUCAUGUUGCAUCAAGUAGUAGAAUAUAAAGUAUAGUCUUAUCUUUCAUACGUGACGACGUGCGACAUCUACCGUAUGACAGUU